CUAACAACAGAAGUCGCAGUAGUUUCUGAACACACCGUGGGAAAGCUGUAAUGGAAGGAGAGGGCACAGAAACGCGGCUACGCCGAUCGGAAGUCGCGGUGAUCGAGGAAUGGAACGGCACCGCUUCGUCACUCCUCACGAAGACCGCCACUAUCACAGUCGCCGGAGACUCCGUUCGAAAAUCCGGUCGUCGUUUCAGUCAUCUUUUACGGAGAAUCCUAGACGCUUUUGUUCCUGAGGGAUUUCCAAGCAGCGUGACUCGUGAUUACAUUCCCUUUCAAGUAUGGGACUCAUUACAGGGCCUUUCAACUUACAUGAGAACAAUGCUUUCCACUCAGGCUCUUCUAAGUGCUAUCGGCGUUGGCGACAAGUCUGCUACAGUGAUUGGGGCCACAUUUCACUGGUUCCUCAGAGAUUUAACUGGAAUGCUUGGAGGAGUCUUAUUUACAUUUUACCAGGGGGCCAACCUGGAUAGCAAUGCCAAAAUGUGGCGACUUGUUGCGGAUCUCAUGAACGACCUUGGAAUGUUGAUGGACCUUGUUUCCCCUUUGUUCCCAUCAGCAUUUUUGUUUAUUGUGUGUUUAGGGAGCAUAUCACGAGCAUUCACUGGGGUUGCCAGUGGAGCUACUAGAGCUGCUUUAACACAGCAUUUUGCACUUCAGAAUAAUGCAGCAGAUAUCUCUGCUAAGGAAGGAAGCCAGGAGACAGUUGCAACAAUGAUGGGGAUGGCUUUAGGAAUGGUCCUUGCUCGCAUUACGAUGGGGCAUUCAAUUGCUAUUUGGUUUUGUUUUCUGUCCCUCACCAUCUUUCAUAUGUAUGCAAAUUACAAGGCUGUUCGUUGCCUUUCGCUCUGUACAUUAAAUUUUGAAAGAAGCUCAAUCCUUUUGUCACAUUACAUGGAGACUAGUGAAGUUCUUUCUCCAAAACAGGUCUCAGUGAUGGAGCAUGUUUUACCACUGUGGAUGACUUCAUGGAGAGAAAAUAGGGUUGAAUAUUUGCACCAACGGGUACGCUUAGGUGUCCGGGUUUCUUCACUUAAUAGCGAUGAAGUGGUGGACCUCUCAUCUCUUGCCCGCUCUCAUUACAAUAAAGGAAAGUAUAUCCUACUUGCAGGAAAGCAUACUAUCAGUGUCAUUAUGCAUAGAGAUUCAACAGCAGCAGAUGUCUUACAGGCUUUCAUGCAUGCUCUUGUGUUGGCAAAACUUGAUGAUAAAGAUAGAUAUACGCAUCUUGAGAGUCGAUCAUGGAUGGCUAAAAACUAUGAGGACUUUGUUCUGAAGCUUCAGUCCUUGGGCUGGAGAACAGAACGUCUUUUGUCGCCAUCAGUGGCAUGGAAGGCAAAUUGGUUUAUAAGUUCUUCAGAUGAAAAAGUUGACUAGGGAGCUUCAAGCAUUGCAUGGAGUUUGGUUAUUGUUUCUGAUCUCUCAUUCGCAAUACUUGAACAAUUGCUUUUUGUGGAGGACCUCAUAAUUUAAUUUGUAAAACCAAGAAAUUUGAGUUUAUGAGAUGUUUAUUCUACGCGUCCAAAUUUUUUUUC